AUGGCCCCGGGCUGCACGCUGGUGCUGAUGCUGAUGGCCCUGGCGCCGAGCAGGACAGGAGCAGUUCCUGUGCCCUCACCCCUCGGGGCCCUCCCAGGUGCAAGGGGCUGCCACGUGGCCCAGUUCAAGUCCCUGUCCCCACAAGAGCUGCAGGCCUUCAAGAGGGCCAAGGAUGCCUUUGAAGAGUCGCUCUUGCAGAAGGACUGGAACUGCAGCUCCCGCCUCUUCCCCAGGACCCGGGAUCUAAGGCAGCUGCAGUUGUGGGAGCGCCCCGUGGCCUUGCAGGCGGAGCUGGCCCUGACACUGAAUGUCCUGGAGGACACGGCGAACUCAUCCCUGGACCACAUCCUGGACCAGCCCCUUCACACGCUGCACCACAUCCACUCCAAGCUCCAGGCCUGUGUCCCAGCUCAGCCCACAGCAGGCCCCAGGGCCCGGGGCCGCCUCCACCACUGGCUGCACCGGCUCCAGGAGGCCCCGAAGAAGGAGUCCCGGGACUGCCUCGAAGCCUCUGUCAUGUUCAACCUCUUCCGCCUCCUCACCCGGGACCUGAAAUGUGUUGCCAGUGGAGACCAGUGUGUCUGACCCCGGAGACCCACCUGCAACGUGUCUCAGCAUCUUCGAUAUUAUUUAUACAUCC